AUGGCAGCGAAAUUUGUAGCGCGGGCGGUGUUUCCGCCCGUCGAGUCGCUUCCUAGAUCGUACUUCUUGGGUCAUCAUGCUGCCGGUCUAUCCAAGAUGAACACGAUGCUGUCGCAGAUUGACCUGAUUGUCGAGUGCCGUGACUACAGAGUACCACUAACCUCUCGUAACCCUUUGUUCGAACAGAGUCUAGCAGGCCGCGAGCGCAUCAUCAUCUACACCAAGCGCGAUUUGGGCAGCCACAACAAGCCCGCAGAUAGAGAGAGAGAGGACAUCAUCCGCAAAUGGCACAAACCAUCCGAAGUCUUGUUCUCCGACCACAAGGACAAGAAAGACAUUCGUAAGAUUCUGGACUUCGCCCGCCGCUACUUCGAGAACAGCACCUCUUUGACCGGAUCGCGCAUCAUGGUCGUGGGUAUGCCCAACGUCGGAAAGUCAUCGCUGCUCAAUGCACUACGAAAAGAAGGAGUCGGAAAGGGAAAAGCUGCACAUACGGGCGCACAGCCAGGUGUAACACGCAAGAUUUCGACAAGCGUCAAGAUAAUCGACAGUACCGAAGAUGGUGAAGGCGUCUACCUGCUGGACACUCCCGGUGUCUUCAUACCAUACGUGCCAGAUGCUGAAGCCAUGCUCAAGCUCGCGCUGUGCGGUAACGUCAAAGACACUAUCAUCCCCCCUGCCACUCUCGCCGACUACCUACUCUACCGCGUCAACCUGAUCGAUCCUAGGCUCUACAAGGAAUACUGUCCGCCCACCAACGACAUCAUCGAACUGCUUAAUGCUAUCGCAAACAAGACCGGCCGCUUACAGAAAGGUGGUGAGCCAGACACCGAAGCUACCGCUCUCUGGAUGGUUCAGCGCUGGAGAAACGGCCUCUGGGGCCGGUUCCUUCUUGAUGAGGUUACCGAAGAUGGCUUGCAAAAGAGAAUUAUGGAAGAAUCGAAUAUGGGUGGCAGUCUGAACCAGGCACGACGAGCUGACAAGGAGGCCCGAAAGUUGCGCAACAUCAAGAGGCAUGCCGGAACCAGUGAAUGA